AUGGCAGCUUCAAAAGAAACUAUAGUAACCAAUAUACAGGCUAUCGUGAGUAUUUUAGCUGGAACAGCAACACUUAUUCAAGAAUAUCAAACAACAGUCUUUACAGAAUAUACAUGUUUUAAUUGUUGGAAAACUUACUGGAAAUUGGUUCGAAAUAAAUAUGAAUAUUUGUCAUUGUAUCCAUACUGUCCAAAUUGUGGUUAUAAAAUAGAAGCAUCGAAUAUUAUAGAAGAUUAUGAUGUUAUUGGUGCAGAAGUUUUUUUCUUACACAAGAACAAUAAUGCUGUUGCAAGUUUCAAAUUAACACAUAAAGCUUUGGCAACGCCAAAUAUUAAACAAAUGAUUAAAAAAUGUGAUGCACAACAUAUUUAUUAA